CCUAAAUUGUUGAUUUUGUCAUUUCACUACCCUCAGAACGGGUGUUCAUUCACAGAAUAUUUUUAUUUAGAAACAAUUAAUAUUGUACUCAUACAACACUAAUUCAAUUAAAUUUGAAAGCGGCAAAAACUCCACUAAACGCAAUGUAUUCUACUCUAAUGUAAUUAAUAAUAUCCAUCCGAAUAAAUUACGUUUGGGAAAAACGUAUCGUGUCUACCAGAAAAUCUCUAUAUUGUAAUAUUUUUAAACAUGGAAACGAAAAAAAUGUUCCCCUCUUUGUUUAUCAAUGCAUCGUUUUUAGCUUUGAUUGCGCUGUGUACAAUACCUUAUUUGUUCGUGGGGGUUGAGGCUGGAACAAAUUCGAAAGUUUUCGAGCUCACUGAUCGGUUUAUAGACGUACGCCAUGAAGGCCAAUGGCUAGUAAUGUUCUACGCUCCCUGGUGCGGCUAUUGUAAGAGAACUGAACCAAUUUUUGCGUUAGUAGCGCAAGCAUUACAUGCCACCAACAUACGUGUCGGCCGUUUGGAUUGCACUAAAUAUCCAGCUGCGGCAAAAGAAUUUAAAAUACGCUCUUAUCCAACUAUUAUCUUUGUCAAGGGUAAUAUGGAGUACACCUAUUCGGGCGAUCGUUCUAAGGACGAAUUAGUAGAUUAUGCUCUGAGAAUGAGCGGUCCGCCGGUACAAUUAGUAACACGAACAGAAAGUGUGGACAUGCUCAAGGGUUCACAUACCAUAUUUUUCAUGUUUGUGGGCCCCCAGGAAGGUGUUGUAUGGGAUACGUUUUAUGUGGCAGCUGAAAAUUAUCAGGAGCAUGGAUUUUUCUAUGCCACUUCUGCAGAUGUUGCUGCACAACAUUUCGAGUUUGAACACUUACCAGCAGUUAUCGUUUACAAAGAGGAACAGCAUCAUUUUUAUCCACACGCUCACAAAGCCCAUGAAAUGGAUCCCGAAUUGGUUAAUGAGACAAUUCAUCAAUUUGUUAAUGUCGAGAGAUUUGUGGCCUUUCCCAAAAUAACUAGAUUUAACAUAAAUCAAUUAUUGAAAACCAAAAAGUACCUUGUGGUUGCUGUCGUAGAGGAAGACAAAUUAAGUCAAAUUGCAACGCAUGAACUGGAAUUUCGUGAUAUGGUAGAGACUGUUAUUAGAAAACAUCGUGACCGCUAUCAUGACAAAUUCCAGUUUGGAUGGAUUGGAGAUCCAAGCAUUGCACAUUCAAUUAUCAUGGAUGAAAUGCCCACCCCUCACAUAAUUGUUAUAAAUUCUACAACUCAAGAACACUACCUGCCUGAUGAUGAUCCAAUGCAAAUGACACCACAAGCUUUACAUAUAUUCCUGGAAAGCAUUCAUAAUGAAAGUGCAACCGCAUUGGGUGGUGAUACUUAUUUUGUACGCUUGAAUAGGGCACUAUUCGAGGGGAAGAAGGCGCUCAUUGAAAUGUGGCGCGGCAACCCCGUAUUAACAUCAGUUAUAUUUGGUCUUCCGUUAGGAUUUCUUUCAUUAAUUUUGUAUUCCAUCUUUUGCGGCGACUGUCUGGUUACCGAAGAGGAAGAAGAAGACCACGAAAAGAAGGAGUAAACUAUCUGUAGAUGUGUUUAUCGCUUAAAUAAUAUGUUUGAUAUCAAUACUACGCUACUAAAGAAAACAAGUCGUUACUCUUCCAUAAUGCCGAUACAUUUUAAAUCUGGUGAAUCUAUAUUGAUUUUUUUGAUGUUUCCAAACGACUAGACCCAUCUAUAGAACUGACAUUUUAGCAUUGUGUAAUACAGACUUCAACCAGAAAGGUGAUCAUUAUGACAGAUGUACGUCGUAAACUUUGUAUUGCGAGCCAACUAGUUCAGUUAAACUACUACUGUAUCCAACUUUCUAGUCCAAUUUUAUGUUUUAUAUAUUUCAUAUCAAUGGAAAUCUGUUUAUUUUUUACGAGUAUGUUUUUAUUAAAAAAAAAAAACUAAAAACUUAAUUACUUGUUUAAACGAAAGUUUUGCAAAUAAAUGGUUACUAAGCUAAGAGA